UCGUAGAUUGUACGUCUUCUUCUGUUCUAAAGUAGAUAAAAGAUGUCAAAGAUGGCUUCUUCGUAGAUGCCAGAAAUUUAGUGAAGUUUAGGAUGAAUAUCUUCAAAUGACCAUCAUCCCAAUAAACACUUGGAUUAUAAUAAGUUUUAAUAUUUUAGCAUAAAAUUAACACCACAGAUGUUUAUAAUUCUCUCUUAAGUUUUUUUUUGAUUUGAAGCUUGUAAGUAUAGCUUUAGCGUAAAAAUGAGUAGUAGUGACGAAAGUGAUGCCGGACCUCAACAUAAACGCAAAAGAAAAACUCGGCCGAUAAGAGGUAGCCCCAGUAGCACUUCUAGCGGUAGCCCCAUAAUAGCAAACUCCUCAAGUUCACGUCGGCAACGUAUUCGAUCGACGAGGCCUCUUGCUGACUCUGAUGACAGUGGAAGUCCUAUUCUGCACAGACACAGGAAGAAAAUUGUGAGAGUAUCGAGCAGCUCAGAUUCCGACAGCUCUGAUGAAGCCGUUACCAGGAGGUUGACUGGCCCAAGGAGGUUGGAAAGCGACUCGGAAAAUGAAUCAGACUGGGGCUUGGGAGGUAGCACUAGUAGCCAGUGGGAAUCGGAUUUUUCCAACACAGGACACGAACAGCCAGUUGAACCUGAAACCAGCGGAGCGAGACCCGCCCAGGAAACAAAUAUCGACUCUGACUUCAGCGACGGGCAGUCUGAAAAAUGUCCCAUCUGUUUGGUUUCCUUCAAAACGCAGGAAAUCGGUUCUCCCGAGUCGUGCGACCACACUUUCUGCCUCGAGUGUAUACAGGAAUGGUCAAAGAACAUGAACACUUGCCCGAUAGACAGGCAGAAAUACAAUUUGAUACUUGUCCGCCAAACACUGAAUGGCAAAGUGACGAGACAGGUUCCGAUAUCGGCGCCUUCCUUGCAGGCAGAGCUCGAUAUUGUCGAAGACCCGACUUUUUGCGAGAUAUGUGGGUCGUACGAAAACGAAGACAGGAUGUUGCUCUGCGACGGGUGCGACUUGGGGUUCCACUUGUACUGUCUGACGCCGCCUCUGGAAGAAGUGCCCACCGGCCAGUGGUUCUGCAACGAGUGCUUGAAUGACUCGAAUGGUGGCUACUACGAGGUUUACUUGCAUUUUGGGAGUCCCCCCCGCAUAGAGAGAGUCGACAGACCCGAUGGAAGACCAUCGUCUACUAGAUUGAUCCCGCGCACAAGGCAAAGCGAAAGAGUACGGAGGAGGAUACAAAGUAUCCGACAGCAAAACGCUAGUCUCGAUACAGUGGAACGCCAAUCCCUGCAAACCACAGAGCUGUCUGUUACCGUCACCAGUAGCACUUCAACGAGAAGAUCAAAGAAAAAACGAAAGAAAUCCAGAAGGAAAAGGUCCACACGAAAAACCCAAGUCAGAAUCGUGUAUGAGAUAGAUGAAGUAACGGGGGAGACCGUAGCGGUAGAAAAACGGAGCAGGAAAUCGACUAGAAGGAGGAAAGCUAGAAACAACCGAUCCAGAGAAGGCAGGCCGACGAUAAAGCCUAAGACGGUUAAGAAGAGACUGGCACAACAGUUGGGUAUUUGCGCCCCUAGGUCGGUGCCUCAGAAUUUGCCGGACGUGAAAGUACCGAACACGCCGAAUACUAUCGGAGGAAUGAGAUACCAAGCCGGUAUACCAACUCUGCACUUAUUCGGACAAAAUAACGAUUUGGAUUAUUUCUCUGGAGAUGAGGAAGAUUAUUCCCCCGGGUCUCAGUUACUAGCUCGUAGAGCUCCUAAUCAAUCGGACGUAUCAGCCAUGCGCCGUACCAUGAGGAGAAAAACUAUGGUAACUCUGCCGGAAACGGUGUCGAGCUCUACCGAUCUCUUGGACAGCAUCCUGAGCAGUCAAGAACAGUUUCACUCAAGAAACGCAUCCUUUUCUGUAGAUUCUUCCGGUAGAUUCAAGAUAGAGAAUACUUCAAAAAACUACGUCGAUGUUACUAAGGAACGCGCCAGCGCCAAGGAAGCACCGUACUACAACAACAACCGUAACUAUAAUAACAGUAAUCGCUGGUACAACAACAGGAACCAGAAUAAUAGGUACAACAACAGGCAGUCGAAUUACUAUUCUAAUAACCAGAAUUCCAACUACUACUCAGAACCCUCCUCGUCCAUGGGUUACUCGGGAAAUCGGCCUAGAGGCGAGGAAAACAACUACCCGCAGGACUACACUCAGAGGACCUUAUGCGCCUCCAGCGAUAUUGACAACCAGUAUCAGGAACCCGAGGAGAGAGACGAAAACGCUGCCGGUACCAGCAAGCCCAAUAGCGAGUCCGAGCUAGACAUUUACAGCGACAUCGAAACCGUCAGCACCAGCAAAGCGGACGAAAGCUACAUGAGACCUCCUUCUCCUCCUAUAAUUUCCAAUACUUCCAACACUCCCAACACUUGCACGGAUGAUGAUAAUAACGAUAGCGAGCCCGACAUGGUGAUCGACGACGAGAAGGUACAAGAGCAGGAAACCGUCGUCGACAAGAGGGAAGAAACUGCCGUCACCUCCACGGUUGAUUACAGCAACGACGUCGAGCCUCCUGCGGAGUUCUACGACCCCAACAGCUACUCGACGGAGAUUCAGUCGGGGGCUGUGCAAUCAUCCAACUUGGAUUACAUAAAAAAUUACGGUUAUGACGAAGAAGAAGACGACACCGAUGACGGGUGCCCGAACAGCAACAUCUACUCCAAAGAGGCAAUGGAAUCGAACGCCGUGGAGGAAGACGUCGAUUCAGAUGACGGAUGUCCGAACUUCAGCAUCUACUCCAAAGAAAGUAAAAGCGUCGCCAUGCGUACCGAAAUAUCUUUGCCCGUAGGGAGCGCAGAGCAGGAUAACCAGGUCGGCGAGAUCAGCUCGUCACCGAACGUUGCUGAAGUUUCGGUGAAACAGAACGAGGAUCAGCAACAGGGAAGCGCGUCCUACGAACCCGAAUGUACUUACGAUCCGGAGAAUAUUUACGAGCAGGAUGAUGAGGGCGAGGAAAAAAGCGAUCAGGUAGAUAAGCCGGAGGAAAGGGUCGAAGAAGAAACGUAUGAUCCAGCCAAAUGCUUCGACGAAGAGGAAAGUAACGACGGAAAUAAGAGCUACGACCCGGAACAAACGUACGAUCCCGAGAAAAUCUACGAGGAUAACAGUAAUUCGGUGAAAGUGGGCGAUGACGAGAACAGCAACGCGGGAAAGGAGUACGACCCAGAGAAAUGCUACGAUCCAGAAAAAGAAAUAUCCGACGAUAAUUCGCAAGCUACCGAUGAUGUUAAUACCGCCGGGAAUAGGUACGAUCCGUCCGUACCGUUCGAUGGCGACAUUAACGACGACCACCACGAAUCUGACAACGAUAGCGUGGUGAGAAAGUCGGCAGAACAAUACCAGGAAGCUGUCGAAGCCUUCAACAAGGAGUACCGAAAGUCGGACGUUACGUCAGAAACAAAUAACGACAAUUUAGAGGAGGGAGAACUAGAAAAGUCCAACGCCGACGACGAAGUCCUCCAAACAACGCUUCGUAAACCCAAGAUCAAAGGUGGUAUUACCGGCGGUCUCUAUAGCGAUUCCGAAGACGAGAACGUUGUUCGAAAAGACGACUCGAAAUUCGCCAUGUCCGAUAUUAAUGACAUGACUGAGGAUAUCAGCGAGGAGGAGAGGAGUUACACGCCGUGUUUGGACGAAAAAUCUCACCGCGCCGGCCUGGAAGGCUUGGACACUGAAUUGAUUUCCGAUGAGGAUCGAAACGAUUUCGACGAGUCGCAUGAAUUGAAAACCGUUUCUGAUGGCGAUGCCUUAGAAAUAAACGCCAAAGAAUCCGAGCUCGAUUUCACGAGACCCGAAGACUAUGAGGAAGGGGAAAUCGUAGAUAAAAACAAGGAAAAGACCUUAGAGGAGGAACCGGAACCCGAAAUCGAGGCUGAGGCCGAAACAGAAGCGCCCAAGAAGAAGGAGGAGGGGGUUAAGGAGGCGAAGAAACCCAAAAAGAAGGACAAAGAAAAGUCAGCGACCGACAAAGAUAAAGACAAGGACAAGAGUGGGAAUAAAGAAAACAUAGGGGUCAAUAAAGAACAGGCGUUCAAGAAGUUGAGCAAGAAUAAUAAGGAACGCAAUUACAGGAAAGACGACAAGGAUAAAGAGAAGCGACAAACAAGUCCUAGAAGGUCCAGAAGCAGAGAGCCGAACAAAAAGGAGAAGCGGCGGGACAAGCGCAAGGAGAUAGAAAGGUACAACGUGAGGGCGCUCAUAGCAGAAAAGCCGCGACCUUUAAUAGCGAAGGAUCAGUUCGGUAGAGAUAUUCGAGACACUCCUCCGAGAUCAAGAAGUCGGUCCUAUACACCGCCCAUCCAGAGAUCGUUGUCUAGAGAUAGGUCCGUUUCGAGAACACGACGAUCGGUGUCGAGAAGGCGCAAAUCUGUGUCGAAGGAGCGAGAAAAGUCACGCAAAAGGAGACCCAGGUCUCGAACUCAGAGGCACGCAUCCAAAUCGAGGUCUCGGUCACCUUUAAAAAAAAGAAGUGGAUCGAAAAGCAAGAAAAGGAAACGCUCUUCGAGCCGAUACAGAAAGAGAAAGACUGGUGACAGGAGCAGAGCCAAAAAGAGACAGAGGACUGGAAGCAGGCAUAGGUCUAGAACGCCCAGCGCGAUCAGACGACAACGAGAUUGGGAGACGCUGGACUGGACACCAAUGUCUCAGGGUAUGGAACAGCCUCACAAUAUGUCGCCCUCUUGGACACCUCCUAGAGCGAUGGAUAAUUCUCAAGUAUUAAGGAACGAGCAUUUGACGGUGACUUUGAACAACACGGGGAAAAAGAAAAAGGACAAGAGGCGCAAGAGCGACAAAAGAAGUAAGAACACUUUGGAAAGCAGACAGAAAAAGAGAAGGCACGAUAGGGACAGAACGCCACCUCCUUCAAAAGAAGUGUUCGCUUCCGGUGAUAAUAUUUUGGUGAGCGUGAGUUUCAAUAACGAAAACGAAACGCGAGACAUUACUACGAGGGAUAAAAGGAGAAGCGAUGAGGCUUCCAAGAAAAAAAGGGAGAAGAAGAAGAACAGGAGAGAUCUCUCUGGCGUGAAACCCGUAGCGAUCAUAGAUUUGGAGAGAUCGCCGUUCAGGGAAAUUACCCCUUCGCCUAAACAAGUUAUAGUUCUUAGCGACAGCGAUAACGAAGAGAACGAGACGAUAAACGUUCAGCAGGGCAUCUGCGAUUCUUCACAGCAAGUCGCCAGCCCUGAGAGAUCCGUCAAUUACUCAAUGGGCCCCAAAACGCCCCCUGAACCACAGGUUAAAUUUACCUUGAGCGCAAAGGCUCCACAGGUACGUGCAAUAAUCAAUCCUCUUCACGAUCCUGAUGAGAUAGGAGCGAACGACCAGGUCGACGAAGAGUUAAGUUCUAGAAUGAGUCCCGGAGGACACAUAGGGCCUAAUACGCCGCCCGAACCUCCCACGUCACCACCGAGUUCUCCGGACGCUUACGACCCAUUCGAGCCCACGAAAUCCAGGUCCCCCACUCCGGAUCCUAUGGACACUACAGUUUCCGACGGAGUUCCGCAAGAGCCUCGAGAUAAUAUCGACAGUCGGACGGCUAUCGAGUUGCUUGAGAAAUCAAUUAACCCCAUGCCCGAAGUUACGUCAAAAUCUCUAACUCCGCCCUUAGCAGACAUUCAGCCGGCCGAUUCUCAGAGCAGCAUUCAGGCUACACCCGAUUCCAAUGUGGACAAGUCUCCGGAAAGGGCAACCGUUCAAACUACUUUGCAAACUUCUGUCACUGCCGCCAAGCCUGUCGCGCAGACGACGCCUUUCUCCUCGGUCCCCACUCCGAUAAUCACCUCCACUCCAAUUUCUUCAAACUUGGCGCCUACUAGGAUAAAUAUCUUGAACAGCACGAUAAUACCUUCGACCGUGGCGUCGUCCAUCCCUCAGAGGAUAGUGCUGCCUAACCAGGUAAAGCCUAACCCCGUGAAAAUAUCACCCACGAAGGCAGCCAUCAAAUCCACCCCGAUAAAACCGAUGCUCAGCAAAACAAAGUUCACGACGAGAAAGAAGAUUCAGAAUAUCUCCGACGAAGUGAUUUUAGAUAUAGAUUCUCCGUAUUCGCCUGGAUCUAGCGAUUACGAGGAUCUGUUUGAACCCCCUAGCGAAAUCGUCACGAAACCAGUUAUCAAAAACAAAAGCAAGACGCCGCAAAAACAUCAGUCGACGUUCGACAGUUUGUUAGGGUCGCCCGUCUAUAAAGUCAAGAGCAAGACUAGGCACGGCAAAAAGGGGACAACGCCGAGCAAAACUAAAACGGUGGGCGUUAAAUUAGACGAAGAUAACCUGAAAAUUCUGGACGAAUUGCCCAAUUCAGCCGUGGAGAUGCAGGUGAAGGAAAAGUUCCUCAAAAAGUUGAAUAGACAGGAACGAGUGGUGGAGGAAGUUAAGUUGGUUUUGAAACCUCAUUAUAAUAAGAAGAGGAUAUCCAAAGAGGAAUACAAAGAUAUAUUACGAAGAAGUGUACCUAAGAUCUGUCACAAUAAAUCUGGGGAAAUCAACCCUACCAAGAUCAAGAACCUCAUUGAAGCUUACAUUAGGAAGUUGAGACAUAGUAAAAAAGUAACCUCCUCUAGUUCUGUGAACCCUCUUAAGGUAUGAAAGGCUUAUUUAUAAUGAUUAUGUACAUAUUUAAUUUAUGAAGUUGAUAAUAUUAUUUGAAAUAAAUAAAUAAGUUCUAGAGAAUUAUUUAUAUCUCACUUUUGUGAUUGAAAAUGAAUGUUUUAAUGUAUGAUUUUUUAGUAAAUAUAUGGUGUAUAUUUGAAA